GCUGGUAUGUAUGACCUCUUAAGUGAUGAGUUGAGGGCCGUUCACCCCAGACUCUGGGUGAAUCAAGCUCUCUCUCAUGAAGUAUACAGAAAUGGGAUCCACUGUCGUGAAUCAAAGAGCAUCAAAUUAUUUCUUGCACAAUACUGAAUAUAUAGUUAAAAUUCAGCGUUAAUGGGAACAAAAUCUCUUCUCCAGGCACAAGAGAGUACUGCCCUCCUGAAUACCUGAUGAGCGGCCAGUACCACGGAGAACCAGCCACAGUGUGGUCUUUGGGGAUCGUCUUGUUUGCCUUGCUGUGUGGGGAUUUCCCAAAGACACAUGACCUGGAAAAGAUCCGCAGUAACACCUGGACCAAAGAUGGCUUAUCAAAAGAAUGCUGCGAUAUUAUUUGUGGCUGUCUGCAGCUUGACCCGAAGCAGCGGAUUGAGCUGAAGAACCUCAGUCUCCACGACUGGUUCAGUGUGACAGGAAACCAGUGCUGCUUCCAGCCCCCAGAAAAUCACAGAAGUGGAGAAAUGUACCCUGAUGGAAAUAUUCAGGGCUGUUCCGGUCCUCAGCCCAGAGCUGUUUAAUAGAAAUUAUAUAUAGAUGAGAUAGAUAAAUAGAUACCAUAGUUACGUAGACAUAUAAGAUAAGUUAGACAUAAGAUAAGAUAGGAUAGACAUAUAAGACAAAUAUAAGAAAUGUAUA